AUGAACUUUUUAUCUGACGAUGAUUUAUUUCGUGAAAUUUGUUCAAAACUGUUUGAAUUUCAUAAAAUUGGUUGGACGUACAAUGAAAAAUCUCAAUUAUUAGAUACGAUUUGUGAGUGGAAUAAACUAUCAAUAACAACGAAUAUGAACAAUAAUCGACGUAUUAAAUUAGAAAAUCUUCUUGAAAUUUUAUCAAACGAAAUAAUUUUAUCAUUAUUAUCAGCAGGGAAAAUUCUAUCUGUUAUUCAAACGCAAACAACAAAUGAAUGGAAUAAUACACUUUUAACAGACGUAAGUAGAAAUAUUCAAACUGAUUGGUUAACGCCAUUGACAUCUGAAUUCACAUCUAAUACUUGGAAUAAUUUAAUUAAUACAACAACUAAUAGCACAACAACAACAGCAGAAGCAGAUUAUCGACAAACUGUAUAUGAACGACAGCAAUCAGAAAGUUUACAACUAGCAUUACAACCGCUAAAUUCUGUAACACAUUUUUAUCAUCAUCAUGAAAAAGACGAACAAAAAGAACCAUUACAUGAAUAUCGAACUAUAUUAAAUGAAAAUCUUAGUGAAUUAGCUUAUCUUAAAUGGCCAACGAAAGAUAUUACAUCACUGAAAACUGUAUUUUAUAAUCUGUAUAAUUAUAAUAGCAUUGAUGCCUUAAAAACCUCAAUACUUGUUGUUGAAACAAUUGUUACAAAUCGUUUAGCUGAUUCAAAUAAUAUUCAACGUAUUAUUAAGUAUAUAACAUCCAAUUCAAACAAUAGUUGUUCGUGGAUGAAAGAGUUAAAUAAAAUUAUAAAAGAAACAGGCACUGGUAAAAGUUUACAAACAUUAUUGCAAGAACUUGAACAACUCAAUGGAAAUAUUAUUGUAAAUCAAAAUGAAUUAGAAUCAAUUUAUCAAACAAUAAUGAAUUAUUACAAAGAGAGCAUUUCGUCUUGGUCAGUUAAUGAUAUUAAGAAUUGGACAAGAACAUCAGCUGUUUCUCAAAAAAAACAACACAAACAACCAUUUUCUACCAAUGAUGAUUGCAUUAAAAUGGCCGUUAUUAUAAAAGCUGCAUAUAUUCAUAAACAAUAUUGUCCACGCGAUAUACAAAUUUUAUCUGUGAUUUUGUUAUUAAGACAUAAAACACACGGUGGUCGUAUUACAAAUAUAAAAACUGGUGAAGGAAAAUCGAUAAUUGUUUGUAUGUUAGCUGUUUAUUUAGCACUUGGACGUAAGAAAGUUGAUAUUAUAACAACAAGUGAAGUUUUAGCUAUACGUGAUACAGAGGAAUUUAAAGAUUUUUAUGAAAUGUUUAAUUUAACAUGUACACAUAAUUGUGGAGACAAUUUAGAAGAUAAAACAAAUUAUUUACUAGAUAUUGUUUACGGUACUGUUAAUCAUUUUGCUGGUGAUCUAUUAAGGACUGAAUUCUAUUUAGAAAAUGUACGUCAAAAUCGUCCGUAUGAAGCAGCUAUUGUCGAUGAAGUUGACAGUAUGUUUAUUGAUCAAUCAAAUCAUUAUACUCAACUCGCAUCGUUAACACCCGGUAUGAAAAGUUUAGCUAUUAUAUUUCGUUUAAUUUGGAGCUGUUUUUCACAGUUUAAUAUAACAGAUGACGAUUGUUUUGUGAUGAUAAACGAACAAAAACAACAUUGUAUGAUUAAUAUUUUAACAUUUAUUCAAGAAAAAUUAAAAAAUCCAAACAUCAUACGUUGUCCAACUUACAGACAAGAAUAUAUUAAUUCAAAAGUACCAAAAUGGAUUAAAAGUUGUAAAACGGCAAUGUAUUAUCUGCAUGAAAAGGUUGAUUAUGUUAUAUCUGACGAUGGUAAGAUAGUUGUUGUUGAUUACAGAAAUACCGGUGUAUCACAGACAAAUAUGCAUUGGAAUGAUGGAUUACAUCAAUUUUUACAAUUGAAGCAUCAACUCAGAUUGUCACCUGAACGAAUGUGUGAUUCAUUCUUUUCAAAUGUAACAUUUUUCAAAAAAUAUCGACCAAAUUUAUAUGGUCUUACGGGUACAGUUGGAGCACAAUCUUCACAAAACUUCGUUCGAGAUGUAUAUGAAGUCGAUGUUGUACUUAUACCAAAAUAUUUAGACAGUCAGUUUACAAUACAUCCAGGUCAGCUUGCCAGAAAUCGUAUUGAAUGGUUAGAUAAAAUUUCUAUUGAAUGUAAUCAAUUUGCAGUUGUAAAUCGUAGAGCUGUUUUAAUUAUUUGUCAGACAAUACAAGAUGCAGUAGAUGUUGCAUCAAAAUUAGAAGGUAAUCAUCCAAGACAUCGAAUAAAACUCUAUGUACGAAGUGAUGAUAAGCAACAUGAUAAACCAGAGCAAGUGUGUGAAGGUGAUAUAAUUGUAGCAACGAAUUUAGCAGGUCGUGGUACAGAUUUAAAACCAGUAACAGCUAUAAAUGAUUGUGGUGGGCUACAUGUUAUUGUUCCAUUUUUACCACAAAAUCUUCGUGUUGAACAGCAAGCAUUCGGACGUGCUGGUCGACAAGGAAAUCCUGGUAGUGCACGAUUGAUAUUGAAUCAGGAAGAGGAUCUGCCUCAAUUGGUUCAAUAUUUCAAAAAUUUAGCUAUUGAUGAACAUCGAACAAUUGAAGGUGUUAAACAGUUACGAGAUAAAUAUAAAGCAACAACGAUACAAGAAGCUACGAAGAAGGUACGAAAAAUUGAAGCAAAAGAUCAUCUAUUACAACAGUUUUUAAAUAUGGCACAUAGUCAACGAGAAUAUAUUGAUUUUGGAAAUAAUAAAAAAUAUAAUCCUGGAUUUGAUUCAUUACGAGAAACAUGGGGGAAUUAUUGUUUUAAAACUGAUGAUAUGGAUGAUGAAGCGUCAAUUCAAAGACUCUACAAAGAAUUUGCUAAUAAAGUUCAAACAUGCUUAAAUCGAUGUGUUCAGAUGAAACGCAAUCCUGAUCAACAAUCACAAUUUACCACAUAUGUCAGAUUCCAGUUCGGAGUGAAGGACGAUGAUGCCAAACGUAAAGAAAAUCAAGCUAACGUUGAUUGUCAUAUACUAAACGAAUUAAUUGAACAUCCUAAGUAUUUUAUGGAUGCUGGUUUAAAUGAAGUGUGUGGCGAAAGCGGGAAAAUAGCAGGUGCUAACAGUCGUAGUUUAAAACUAUUAGAAUUAGCAGAACGACGAGACGACUCAGAUUUCAUUGUAUUCUAUAAUAAAGCAGGGUGUCUUGUUGGUCAAGGAAAAGGCAGUGAUGCUCUAACUGCUAUGAAUAGAUCGCUAAAUUUGCUUGUAUAUGAGAUUGAAAAUCGUAAUAAAUUAAUAAUAUUGAAUGCAAAACCACCGUCCGAUGGAAAGCCACCACGUGUAUUUGCCGAAGUGAUUUUUCUACAAAUCGUUAAAAGUUAUAUUGAAGCGACAAGAAAUCAACUUAAUCAGUAUGAUUCCGAUAAACAUGAAUUAACAUGUAAUUAUGAAUAUUGGACAGAAGAAUUUAUACAAGAACAAUUAAAUGGUACAGAAUUUGCAUAUUUAAUACCUGAUCUAGAAGAAGAGAGAAAAGAAUGGUGCUAUGAAGGUCUACAGUUUCGUUAUAAAUUUAUUAUCGAAGCAAAACGAUGUUGGUGGAAAACAAUAUUUAUAUUUGUAAUGGGUGUAGCACAAGUUAUUGGUGGUGCAAUAUUGUGCUAUACAACAGGACAUGUUAAACUUGGUACAUCAAUGAUAAUGGGAGGCGUAUUUGAUAUGUACACUGCUGUUGCUACGACGAUCACAUCCGAUUUCAGUUUGACUGAUUAUUUUAAAAAUAAAGUUGUUACCUAUGGUACAGAAUUAUUGAGCUUAGGUGUCUUAAAUAAAUUUGUUCAACCGAUUUUUUCAACACAACAAAUUAACGUUAUUGGUUUUGGUUUGAAAACUAUUGAUGGACUUGUUAAGAAUGGAUUUAAUUUAAAUUCAGUGAGAGAGACUGUGUUUGAUGCAUUGAAGGUAGCCGGUAUUAAUAAUGCAUCAUUGAACUAUGCUACGAAAAUAUCAGAAAAUAUUGAUGCUGUUGUAGCUGCAGUUCGAGGUGAUUUAAAUCAAUUACUAAAUACGAAAACCGUGAAUAAUUUUAUAAAUUUAUUUGAUGGACAAAAUAAAUUGUUUAGUGGAAAAGAAAAGGAAGUAUUUAGUCGAGUUUUAAAUGUUAAAGAUAAUUUAAUUAGAUCUGGUUUAGAUUUAAAUAAUUUAGUUCCAAGCGCCAUAGAAGUAUUGAAAAACGAAAUAGGACAAAUAACUAUAGAACAACUAACGGCCGUUGCAUUACCGCAAGCACUCGAAUUAGAAAUGAGUAAAGCUGUAUCAAAUGUAAAACAAUUAAAGAAGACAGUUAUCGAUACAAUUAAUAGUCAAAGAGUGUUAAAAACUGAUGCACAUGUUAAUCUUGUAAAUCAAAUAAUAAACAGUUCAGAUCCAUAUUCAAUAUUUCAGACAAGUAAAUAUCAACUAGACCCAUCAAUUCGAUCAAUUUUAGAACCAUGUAUUCAACAAUGCAAACUAUUAAAAGAUCAACAUCAAUUUCUUAAUGAUGGUCGUGUCGUUUCAGUUUAUAAAAAUUAUCGUAAUACAUUAGUAGAUCGAAAUAUAACCUAUGAUACAUUAAUAAAAUCUGGUUCAAAUUCAGUUAAAAAUCUAAUUGAACAAACAUGUAAUUCAAAUCCGCACUCAGAUUUAUUGAAAAAAGCUUUAUUAACUACAAUUGAUGAAUUAGCUAAUUCGAAUACAGCAUUAUCAUCAAGAGUAGUAAAUUUGAAUAAUAAAGCAGCGACGAUGUUAAAAGAUCGUUUAGAAACAAAUUUAAUUCGACCGAACAUAGAAAACCAAAAAGAACGAGAAUUAAAUCAAGGCGAUAAAAAAUUAGCGAAACAAUUUUCAACAGCAUAUAAUCAUAUUUCAAAAAAGGCAAACGAAUAA